GCAUAGUGUUAAUGUGCGAUCUACUUUGCUGACUGUCGACAUUUUCCAAGUGCCCAACCCUUUCCAUCAUUGUUAUCAUCGAAGCUCCUAUAAGCUGUUGCUUCACCAUUCUUGUUUCCUAUUUCAUUUCUCUUCCUCGCCUCUUGGGAAAACCCCUGCUUUGUAAUUGCUCCAAAAUUCCAUCUUUCUCUACAUUGCGCUUCUCUAUCGCAAAAAUAUCUCGAUUUUCAUUAACGAGAUACCAGUUCCUGAAGAUGGCAGCAGCAGCUUCUAACCUUCAGAUAGCGACACUAAGACACUGCCAAUUGCCGUCUAGGAAAGGGUUCAAACCAUCUGGAACAACCCUUGGCAGUUGUUCUAAAGUACCAUCAUGGGCUAAGCUUUCGAGUUGUAGCAAUAUAUCAUCUUUACCAUUUUUCCAGCGGAAGUUUGUUUCAUCUUCUGUGAAAUAUGAGAGAACUGUAACCAAAGCAAUGGCUGAAGCUAGUGAGAGUAAGCCUGGCUCUGGGCUGUCAAUUGAUUUAAAAGGUAAGAGAGCAUUUAUUGCUGGUGUAGCUGAUGAUAAUGGAUAUGGUUGGGCAAUUGCAAAAUCUCUGGCAGCGGCUGGUGCUGAAAUUCUUGUUGGCACGUGGGUGCCUGCCUUGAACAUUUUUGAAUCCAGCUUGAGACGUGGAAAGUUUGAUGAAUCACGAGUACUCCCUGAUGGAUCUCUCAUGGAGAUCACAAAAGUAUAUCCUCUAGAUGCAGUUUUUGAUAGUCCUGAAGAUGUUCCCGAAGAUAUAAAAACAAACAAACGGUACGCUGGAUCCUCAAAUUGGACUGUAAAGGAAGUUGCUGAGUCUGUGAAGCAAGACUUUGGCAGCAUUGACAUUCUUGUGCACUCCCUUGCUAAUGGACCGGAGGUAACAAAACCUCUGUUGGAGACGUCUCGAAAUGGUUAUCUAGCAGCUUUAUCCGCAUCAAGCUACUCUUAUAUAUCUCUACUGAAGCAUUUUGUUCCAAUCAUUAAUCCAGGUGGUUCUUCAUUAUCUCUCACAUACAUAGCAUCUGAAAGGAUCAUUCCUGGAUAUGGAGGUGGCAUGAGUUCUGCCAAAGCUGCUUUGGAGAGUGAUACACGAGUACUUGCUUUUGAAGCUGGAAGAAAACACAAAAUUAGAGUGAACACAAUAUCUGCUGGUCCACUAAGAAGUCGAGCUGCAAAAGCAAUUGGUUUUAUUGACAUGAUGAUUGACUAUUCAUCAGCCAAUGCACCCUUGCAGAAAGAACUAUCUGCCGAGGAGGUGGGGAAUGCAGCUGCCUUCUUGGCAUCACCUCUGGCUUCUGCCAUUACCGGAGCUGUUAUCUACGUCGAUAAUGGUUUGAACGCAAUGGGCGUAGGAGUCGAUAGCCCGAUAUUUAAGGAUCUAGAUAUUCCAACAGACAAGCAUUAGAUUUGCUUGCAGAUUGGUUGGGUAGAUGGAAUCGGUACUGUGGGAUUGGCUUUGGCAAGCUGCCACGAUUUUGGAUUUUUGUUUCUAAUCAUGCUCUUUGUAUUUGCCACAAGCGUAGUUCAAAAUCACUCACAUCUGAAUGCUAGGCAUUGCUUUAGUACGUUACGAUUGAGAGUAGUACAUCCUCGACAUUCCCCUUUUCUGUUUUUUGAGGGUAUCCUAGACAUUCUGAUGACGAAGAAACACUUAUUUAUAACUUCUCGUUUGAUUUGGCUACAA